AUGCGGCCGGGGGCGCCCGCGGGCGGCGGGUGGGCGGUGCGGGCGGCGCAGACGGGGCUCAGCUGGGGCGUCACGGUGGGGCUUUUCCUGCACGACACAGAUCUCCGGAGGCAGCUUGAGCAGGGAGAACUCCUCCGACCUCUUUUGUUCAUCUUGCUGGUUCUCUCUUCCGUUGUCCUGUAUUUUGUUGUGUCCCUCAUGAAUCCGGGAUACGUUGAGGACGACAGCGGGGAUGAGAAGGACUCAGUGGCCGGAGAAGAGAAAGCCAAAACGUUCUCCGAAGCUCCCAACGUUCGUCUCAGGCGGUGUGGAUACUGCAUGGUGAAGCAACCUUUGCGAGCCAAGCAUUGCCAGGCGUGCCAGCUGUGCGUCCGCCGCUAUGACCAUCACUGUCCUUGGAUUGAAAACUGCAUCGGGGAAAGGAAUCACCCGUUUUUCGUCCUCUACUUGGGGGUGCAGCUCGCCGUCCUGCUCUGGGCUCUGCAGGUGGCUUGGUCCGGCCUGAACUUCCAGUCGUUUUCCUGGCUCUGGCUCCAGUGCCACCUGCUCCUCCUCCUCUCCUUCCUCCUCCUCCUCAUCUGCACCGUGAUUGCGACGCUGCUGCUGGGCUCCCACCUCUACCUCGUCUCCUGCAACACCACCACCUGGGAAUUCAUGUCCCGCCACCGCAUUUCCUACUUGAAACACUGCAAGGUGGAGAACCCCUUUGACCAGGGCGUCCUGCUCAACCUCUGGAGGUUUUUCUGCGCCUGUCGCCUGAUGGCCUGGGAGAAACUCUACCCUUCAGAGGAAAGCGAGUUGGUGUGAGGGCCAGGAGGGUUUCGAGAGACGGAUCGGACCGACUGGGUCUAAAGUCACAACGGAAGCUUUGGAGAUGAUGCCGAAGCACCAGGUCUCUCUUCACCACGACUAGGAGAAGGACUUCUUUUUACCUCUUCUAACCAAAUAACUAAAAUCUGACGGGUCGUGUUGGGGUGAGCCGAUGGAGGACCCUAACCCUAAUAAUGGGAGGUUCAGCUUUGAGAGUUGGAGAUACAGAGAUCUGGGCAGCUGCUGCGAAGAAGAACCGAAGGAAGCCUACAGGAGGAAGAAGGAUAUGCAGGCAGCCAAAGAUGAAGCUGCUUUUGAAACGUCACAAGGCGGGUUUUGGCCACAUGUUCGUAUCGAAUUGAGGCCGGAGAGAUGGACGCUCCUUGGAAGCCGAGUUUAAGGCUUUGCUAAGUAACAAGGCAGCUUCACAGCCGGCCGUGAGGUUUAAGAGUUUAAGAAAAAAUGAUUUUAAUCCAACACUAAUUUUAAUAAAAAGACCAAAGCUUGCAUCAAA